GCAUAUUAAAUAUAUAUAGCAAAUAUAUUUACAAUUUAAAGACAAGCAGCAAGUAAUAAAAAACAACAAGGACCGCCAAAGACGGUCGAACAACAAAGAAAUAAAGAUCAGCCGAUAAAAGACAAAGCACACACAUAUACAUACACACACAUAUAUCUAUAUAUCUAUAACAAAAAGGCAAAUUUACAAUGGAGGACAAUAACACAAGCAGCAGUGCGAGCGGUGCGCCCAUCAAACUCGAGGAUCCAUCGGUGACACUCACAAUAAGGCUGAUUAUGCAAGGAAAGGAAGUUGGUAGUAUUAUUGGUAAAAAGGGUGAAAUUGUCAACAGAUUUCGUGAAGAGUCUGGUGCCAAAAUUAACAUUUCGGAUGGCUCGUGCCCGGAACGCAUUGUGACGGUGUCUGGCUCAACAAGCUCAAUCUUCUCGGCAUUUACGCUAAUUACAAAGAAAUUCGAAGAGUGGUGCUCGCAGUUCAAUGAUGUUGGCAAAGUUGGUAAAACUCAAAUUCCCAUACGAUUGAUUGUGCCCGCCAGUCAAUGUGGAUCGUUAAUUGGCAAGAGUGGCUCGAAGAUCAAGGAGAUACGCCAGACCACGGGCUGCUCCAUACAGGUGGCCAGUGAAAUGUUGCCAAACUCAACGGAGCGUGCGGUCACUUUGAGUGGCAGCGCCGAGCAAAUCACUCAAUGCAUCUAUCAGAUAUGUCUUGUCAUGUUGGAGUCUCCGCCACGUGGGGCAACCAUACCGUAUCGACCAAAGCCGCAGGUAACCGGGCCCGUUAUCUUGGCCAACGGACAAGCGUUCACCAUUCAAGGCAACUAUGCAGUGCCCACACAAGAGACCUGUCCAAUGUUUCCGCUGACUUUGGCUACCGGUGGUCUGCAUGCUGGUAUUUCUGGCCUAACGGAUCCUUUGUUAAAGGGAGCGCAUUUAACAGGAGCGCUGCCAGCUCACCACCAUCACCUACAGCAAUUGCCUGAUGUUGCAAAGAAUCCAUUGGCCAGCUUGGCUGCCUUGGGCCUGGCCGGCAUGACGCCAGCCAAUCCCGGCGGUAUCAAUCACACAGCUCUGGCUGCCUUGGCUGGCUCGCAACUGCGCACAGCCAAUGCGAAUCGUGCCCAGCAGCAGCAGCAUGAGAUGACCGUGUCGAAUGAUUUGAUUGGCUGCAUCAUUGGCAAGGGCGGCACCAAAAUCGCUGAAAUACGUCAGAUCUCCGGCGCCAUGAUACGCAUCUCCAACUGCGAGGAGCGCGAGGGCGGCAACACUGAUCGCACCAUCACCAUUAGCGGUAAUCCGGACUCGGUGGCAUUGGCCCAAUACUUAAUCAAUAUGAGCGUUGAGCUGCAGAAGGCAAAUCUACAGGAUCAAGCAGCGCAAAACGGCAACGGAGCUGCAAUUGCAGCAACUGCUGGCACUGCUGCCACCACAGCAACUAGUGUGGCAACAGCAGCCGCAGCAGCAGCAGCGGCAGCAGCCAGCAGCGUCGUCAAUGGCAGCAGCUGCUUGACUGCUGCACUCAACAGCAGCAGCAGCAGCAGCAACAACAACAGCAGCAAUAGCUCGGCCAGCAGCAAUAGCAGCAGCGCCAGCUACACAACCGUCAGCAAUGGCAGUCAGAGCAGCAGCAACAACAACAACAACAACAACAGCAGCAGCAACAACAACAAUGCAACAGCAGCAGCAGCUUUGAGUGGCAGUCCACUCGCCUCGGCGCUGCAACUGCUGACCAAGCCCGGAGCUCUUACCGCGCUCUCCAAUCUCAGCGCCUUGGAUCUGCUCAGCCUGACCACGUUGGGCAGCAAUGGCAGCAGCGCUGCCGGCGGCGGCGGUCCGCCCGUGCAGACCACAGGAGUCAAUCGUGCCAAGGGUCACUUUGCGACCUCGCGCUUCAGGCAGCACCAGACCGAGACUGGCGGCGAGCCUGAGAAGGCGCGCAACAAGUUUAAUCCCUACUAGGGGUAGGGGCCCAGGCGGCAACCAAAACACGUCGAUCAUCAUUUGAUUUUAGUCUAGUUAGUAGUAUACGCCCUCUCUCUCUCUAUCUCUCUCUCUAUUUUAGUUAUUAGCGUUGCGGCAGCUGCAGAGUUUGUGGAAUUCUUUAAGAAUGCGCAGCUCUGCGUAGUUUGUUUUUGAAUUUGAAUUGAAUAUUGUACAAGUAUUUGGAAAAGUGAAGACAAUUUUAUACAAAACUAUGCAACAGUAUAUCGAGUAUUAGUUGAUAGUUGUUGAGGCGAAUGAGUGAAGCAGCGAGUUAUUUGUCUGGACUGCCAGUUCUAAAGGGCAGCUAAGCUAAGCGUAUUGGAUUUAUCGAUCGAAUAUAUAUAUAUGAAAUCAGAAUACUAAACGGCCUAAGUGCGCCUAGUAUUUUACACUACAAAACUUUGACCAAGUGAAUUUCGAGCAUAAGGACCCCGGGAGCUGAAUAUAGUAGUUGUUGUUAGAACAUGUACUCCCCCCUCCCCCUCCCCCUCUUUAUAUACAUAUAUGCAUCAUAUAUAUAUAAUAUAGAAAUUGCCAAAUUUUUAGCGCAUUCUUAAACAGUCACUCAUUGUAACAUAGAUUAUAUCAUUUGCCCUUAUUAGAACCCAACUCCAAUUACCAAUUACCAUUUACAUAUUACGAUUAUAACUUUAGAUUGUAAGCACUAUUGUAAUUUAUAAACUUAGCCAUUAAGCCCAAAAAGUUAUCCCCCAAAUCCAUUUCCAUUUACCAUUUACCAUUACCUAAUCCAUUCACCAUUUGUAUGUCGAGUAUGUAAAUUAUACAAACUUCUUUAAGAAGUUUCAACAAAAUUCCAAUGCGUUGUCUGCCGAAAGAUUUUGGCGCAACGACUUUUAUGGACCAAUUCGCUCUAAUUGACGCAAUCUACGCAAUUGAGCGUACAAAAAGCUUAUAGUAGAAUGAAAAAUAUAUUACCAGAUGCUUAAAUAGUGAACAAAAGCAGCCAAUUGAAGGCAACAACAAGAGCUGAUAACAAAAGCAUAGCCAGCAAAUGAAAUAUGUUAAAACAUGAAAUGAAAGUUAUUAUGUAUUAGGACUUAAAGUCUUCAAUUGUUUAUAAAUCAU